AUGCGUAAGAUUGACAGAAAAUCCGCCCUGAAGAAAAAACAGGAUCAAAACGAGCAGCUGGAAAGUGAGACCAAAAGAAUGGAGGAACGACUUUCCAUGCUGAAAUCCGCAUUACAUACGGGGUUAAAGAAGCUCCCGACGAAUAAUGGAGCCUCAGAAUACAUUUGGGCGGGUAGCAUUCCAAAAGAACGCUCUACAUCCACUGCGAAAGUUAACAGGAUUUUUGAUCUCGAAAGAGUCAAGCUCAGAACACUCCAGCGUGGGGAACAAUCUUUUCAGCCUGUUAGUGACGAUGUGUACAAAAAUAUCAUUAAUAAACUUAAAAAUGAAUGUGGUGGAGACCCGAGGGGCGAUUCGUCAAAUAAAGUGCACAUGGAGCAGAUUAAGUGUGGACAGUGUGAAGCGAAGUGUGCAGCAGUGUCUUGUCAAGAAUGUAACGAGGAUUAUUGUGCCAAAUGUUUUGCAAGAUUUCACAUAAAAGGAGCCAUGAAAAGACAUCAUUCUCUCCCACUUUCAGUAAUUUUCAUUUCUGAACGUUUUAACAUAAUGCAGUGUUAUUCUACUAGACAGACGCGAAAUCUUAGCCUGGAAAACAAACUUUUCGACAGUGAACUGAGUAGUGACGUACCAUAUGACGGUAGAACACCGUCCAACUCAGAUUGUUUGGAACCUGGCAAGGAAACCUGCAACUUUCACGCACAAUCAAAAUCACCAAUUACGCAAGUACCGUGUGUGGCGCAAACAAAGAGUCGAUAUGUAGAUGGCCUUGGCGGUAGACCGACGGUUUCCACAACGUCCCGUGGCACAUCAUCAGAACGACCUCCGUCCCCAAAGAUUACCUUCAGCCCAUCCCUAACCUAUGCAGAACGUCUAAUGCUACGUAAGCACAGACGAUCUCAGACACCAUUCUUAAUGACAAAGGAUGCAAAAGAUUACGCUUCAGCAAUAUCACCUUCAAAGAAUAAUGAAACAGCUCAAAACAAUCCAGGUGACGAGUCCGAUUCGGACCUGAGCCGGAACCAGAUAGAUUUCAAUCAGCUUCAUACCUUGGCUACUGUUCCAUUAAAAAUGGAAGACUUGGCGCACCUUUGCCAUGUCGAUGAUUUGGAGACCAUGGAAAACGCAGUUUCAUCAGAACGGUUAUCUGCCGAGCUUGAGAGUCCCAAAGAGACAAACCAGAAUAAUGAUCCUCUGGAUUGCGAACUAAAUUCGACCCAAAACAAUCCAUCUGAAAAUCCUACAGAUCUCAACCAGCAAGAAGACUUCGAGUCGAAAGGCACGAUCAGCAAAUAUGCGGCCCCUAACAUGGAUAGCACACCUGUUCAAGAACCGAAACCGGUGACUUGUUGGCAACUCAAAGCUUCCUUGCAAAAACCACCAGCACUCAUGCAAAAUGAACUAAAAACAAUUGAGUUGAUCAAACGUCAUCUGAACAAGCUCACGACCACAGAACAAUCUUUACCGGACAGUAUGGAUGACCAGCCAACGUAGUAUGCUUGACCUGCAGCAAAUGCGCGCCAACAUGAUGCCGUAAAUACCUGUGAUGCAUUCAUAUCAGCUUCACCUUUUACAAGUCGUACACCCUUUCCCGUUUCUAAAGAUCAGUGCCAGGAUCUGUUCACCUUGCAUGAGUAGAGUCCUGUUAUUGUUUGGUUAUGAUUGCGGAUGGAGUUUUCAAUAAUGACAACUCUAUCAUAACUGUGUAUGCCUGAAAAUGUUUCUUUAAAACCCUCAUUUUACAGAUU